GACGAAAACCACUGUCGUCCCUCCUCGUCCGUGUACUGCAUUUUGACAAGUUCACGGUCAGCUGUGGGCUGCAGUCUGGGCUCAUUUUCACUUGACUGUCACUCUAUUUUCUCAGCAUAAAGUGCGCUAACUAAAGCCCUUGUAAUUUAUUUUGCUGCCGUCUUUUUUUGAGAAUAAGAGCUGUGGUGGAGAGGGACUGGGGGACAGCUUGCUCGCCGACCAUUCAGAGGAUUAACAUUAGCUAGCUGACACAGUUAGUCACUUAAGUUGAAGUCGAACCACCGCCUGAAAGACUCAGCUCCGACUUAAGACACAUUUGUCUGCUCUUGAAGCUUUAUGUAUUGUGAAGAUGAAUGUCCGGGAAUGCAUCGUGUCUGCCCCGGGGAAAGCCAUCCUCCACGGGGAGCACGCAGUUGUGCAUGGAAAGGUGGCUCUCGCUGUGAGUUUGAACCUGAGAACAUACUUGUGGUUGAAGGCCAGCGCUCCUGGGAAAGUUUGCAUCAAUCUUCCAAACAUUGCCACCUUCAUGUCCUGGGAGCUGUCUGACCUGAAGCUGCUCGCCCCUGAGUCCUGUGGUAAGAGGGAUGAGUCAAAGCUCCUGGAUGCUGAGCUGGUCAGAAGACUGCGUGAAUUUAUUGGUGUAACCAACGGAAACUUGGACACUCACAGCAUGGCCACCUUAGCCUUCCUCUACAUCUACCUCUCCCUGUUUGGAUCAGGGGACUUACCUAGCUUGACGGUGACUGUGUGGUCUGAGUUGCCAACGGGGGCAGGGCUGGGGUCAAGUGCUGCCUUUUCUGUGUGCCUAGCAGCAGGUCUGCUCUCUGCAAGUGGAGCCAUUUCCACUCCUCUCAGAGACUUUGAUAACACCGCCAGGUGGUGUCAGGAGGAUAUGGAGCUGAUCAACAGUUGGGCUUUCCAAGGGGAGAAGAUCAUCCACGGUAAUCCUUCAGGAGUUGACAAUGCUGUAGGGACGUGGGGUGGCAUACUGAGAUUCUUGUCUGGGAAGAUAAUACCACUGAGCAGGGUGCCACUGUUAAGAAUCCUGCUCACUAACACCAAAGUACCACGCAGCACCAAGGUACUUGUUGCCAGGGUGAAGGACAAAAUUAAUAAGUUUCCCUCUAUCAUGACCCCUGUGCUCGAUUCAGUCGAUGCCAUUUCCUGCACUUGCGAGAGAAUCCUCGCGGAAAUGACGAGUCAGCCCAUCACAGGAGAGCACUACAAUGCUCUCGAGGAGCUCAUUGACAUCAACCAGCACCAUCUCAACGUGAUGGGUGUGGGACACCCUACCCUGGACACACUGUGCCGUGUCACCCAGGCCAGAGGGCUCCACAGUAAGCUCACAGGUGCUGGAGGAGGCGGCUGUGGCAUAACACUGCUAAGACCAGAAACGGAUUCCUCCAUUGUCCAGAGUACAAUACAGGACUUGAAAGACUGCGGCUUUGACUGCUGGGAAACAAGUAUUGGUGGCCCGGGCGUCCAGCAGCAUUCCCCUGCCUCUGUUAAAGGGGAGAUUCUGGAGAUUUUUAGCCAGUACUGAGACCCGCUUGUGGCUGGACAAGGGAACAGACUGUCCAGUGUGGACCGCUGACAGUGUUGUCGCCUCAAGAACUGAGCUGUGCUCUGCUGCCACCGUGGCCAGAGUGCGUUAUGUUGUGGCACUUUGUCCAAGCUUGCCAGUCAGAUCAUGCUGCAUUUUUAUGAUGUAAUAAAAUUCUGUAUGACUGCAGAACUCAUACCCAUGUUUACACAACUUCUGAGAUUAGCCUAAUUACAGACUUCUGUCACUAAAAAACAAUCUAAUAUGAAGGAAUUAACAAUGUCUCUAAGAAUUUACUGGUGUUUUGUUUUGUGACCUUCUCUUGCAGAGCAUACUGGAAUGAAACGGGUUAUGUGUUUGGGUUGGACCACCUCUUGUAGUCAUUGCUUUUUCCACAUAGGAUGCAGUUGUGUGUUUAGCGCUCUUUGGCCAGUAGAUGGCAUCAAAAUUGCACAAAUGCUUUUUUUAACAGGCUGGAAAGAAAACGGUUCUGACAAACUGAUAAGAACUGUGAGCUCAGUUUAUAGAUUCUCUCAAACCUUUAAAGCAGUAGUGCCAGCCCGUCUUCAUGGAUUACAUCAUCAUCAGUCACAGGCUUUUAAUCACUAAUUUCUGACCACUUUACAUAUAACACAUGCACUGGUGUUACAUGUAAAGUGGCGAUGUUGUCAGAUUUAAUGCACAGAGAACAGGAAUGGAGGAAAAAACUGUGUAAUUGAUGAUUAUGGGAUUAGUCAACAAAACCCAAUGGCAAUUAUUCAUGUAAGUAUUAUGUAUUUUUUUUUUAGUCUUGGACAAUCUUACAGAGAGGCCAAUGAAAAUAGCAGUAUUUAUUUCCCUGAAACACAAAUAACGUUGACAAUAUGUCUGAAUAAGAUGAGGCCAGGAAAUGAUCAGUCAUGAUCAAUGUGGUAUUAUUCAUAUGCAAUGUAAAACUUUCCUCUCAUGAAUCCACAUCAGUACAGGCGUAGGCUGCUUUAACGCACAAGCAAACUGUGUGAUGCUGCAAUGCACUUUUGUAACAAUUGAGUUUUAAAAAGUAAAACUGUGCUAAAAAAUUCAAUGAUUUGAAUUGUUUUAUUCCAAAUAAAUUAAAAGUACAUCCGUGUGGUUUUGUAAAAUGUUCUAAAAUGGUCUAAUUACGGAUGGGAAGAGGGGGACAGGAGGAGUGUGUGGCCUCUCCGGAGCCUCUGGAUUACCGCCACUAUAAUAUGGAUCAACAACAAGCAGCGUCCUUCUGUGAGUCACACAUUUGUGCUGACACACAUGGACGCGCACAAGCUUUCCCAAAUUCUUUUUUACCUAAGCAUUUAUCCCUCUCAGCACGACAGCAUGUUUUGCAAAAUUCUGCAGUUACAAAUAUGGAUUCACUUAGAAUAUCCCUGAUUUGGGAAAAGGUCAUUGAGGGAUUCAUGAGUUUUGAAUAUCCAUUUCAUUUCCUAUUUUUUAAAUGUCAUGAAGAUUGAGUAGCACGAAUCUGGCAGUAUAUGUGAAUAAACGACAUUUGUCACCUUC